AUCACCUCACCUUUAUUUAAGGCAUAAUUUUGGUCGCCUCUCUCAAAAGGGUGUAGUUGCCUGCAGACACCCUCCUCCUUCCCCCAUCUUUUCUUCUUCUUCUUCUUCUUCUCUUUUUCUUCAUCUCUCUCGCCCCUUUUGUAGAAGAUGGAUCAGGGAGUAGUCCCAUCAGCAGCAACAGAUUACAGGCCUUACCUCGUAGGCAAGAGCGUCGAAGAACUCAGGCACGCUUUGUUGUGCACCACGCUGGAGCUCGAGUACACUCGAAACACAGCCAAGGAGGAGAUGGAGAAACACGAGCAGCAGGCCAGGGAGAUGCUGCAACUCCUGAAACAAGCCUGCAGGGAGAGAGACGAGGCCAAAGACCGCUGCCGGGAUCUCCUCGAGAAGUUGCUUCUUGCCUCCUCCACCAACACCCCGGGGACAGCGGAGGUGUUCACCAACGUCGACCCCAAGCGGGUGGACUCCACCACCUCCGAGUGCGACAGCCUCUCCCGCGCCUCCUCCUCCACCGCCCACUCCGGCUUCGGCUUCGACCUCUCCGAUGACCACCGGCGAGUAUCACCACCCCCGCCGCCGACACCACCAAUGGCAGAGCCAACGUCAACGAAGGGGAAGUUGGCGUCCACCUGGUGCGAUAUAUGGCCGGAAACGGGGGCACGCCUUCCGGAGAAGGGGAAGCUGCUGCAGGCGGUGGUGGACGCCGGGCCGCUGCUGCAGACGCUGCUGCUCGCGGGGCCGCUGCCACAGUGGCGACACCCUCCUCCCCCACUCACCUCCUUUCAGAUUCCUCCCGUCGACGUGUGUAUGUCUACCGGCGCGUUGACGACCGAAGGCUUGCUCUCCAUGCCCAGGGUGAGGUCGUCGGAUUGUCGUUAUUCCGGCCCCGGCGACCGCGAUGCUGCCAACGAAUACCGGAGGGUCCAUUAGAUGGUGGCGGUGGCCCACCGCGGCCGUGUCCUCUGGGCACGAGGGCUUGAAAAGUUGCUCAAAAAUGCCACCUUCGACUAAAAGCGACUAAAGCGGUUUUCAACUCGCCGGACAACGUCUCGAUUCGCCGGCCAGACAAAACUCGUCGGAAGCGAGACGGAAGAGCCAGAUCGCCGCAGGAAGUCGUCAGUUUUUGUCUCCUUUGUGCUUUUCCUCUAAACCAUGUAUAAUAGAUUUUGUUAACUUAAUGUUUGAUGGAAGAAUUACGGACUUCCUAUUAACAUGGUAAAAGUGUCGA